AUGUCUCGGCGGGUACCUCAGAGUUACCCUCGGAGGAGAAGCACGGCAUACGAGGACGACGUUAUAGAAAGCGAAGUAGAUUUAGAUGAGGCUAUGAUUAGGGCUAACGGGCCACGAGACGAACCCCCUGUCAGAAGAUCGCCGCCGACAAUUACCGACAGAUUAACCCAUGACCCGUUCCCUGCUGAAUUGUGGUCAGGGUUUGGUAUACCGCCUGCAUCAUUGGUCUCAGCGGCAGUCCUUUCCCAUGUCCCGGGUCCUGGUACUAUUGUGGAGGGUGCCGUUGCGCAAAGGGCGAAUAGUAGUACCGCAUUGCCACCGUCAUCACACCAGCACGGAUGGCCAAAUGAUCCCCAGGACGCCUUGAGCUAUUUUGGAGACAGAGUCCAUGAUAUUCCUGAUCUGAUGAGCGUACCUAGUCCGAACGAUGUUGGCUUGGGUUUAGACACAGUAAAUCGCAGGCCAGCAGCGGCUACUUCGCGGACAACCCAGACCUUCCCUCCUGAUACUUCGAGACACGGAAUCGACUCAUCUUUAGGGACGUUUCACCAAUCCGUGGAGAAUGUGCAUCCCCGGGCCCAGAGACCGCGUGAAUCAAGCGGCCGUGGUUUAUAUUCGACUGCCGGCAACCCAAUAAUGGAUGCCGCACAACUUAGCACUACACAGCUUUCAGAGCUCAACAUGCGAUUGAUGAAAGACAUAGGAAGUACCACAUCAUUUCGACAAAAUGUGAGCGCAGCUUCUAACUCAAACUAUCCUGCUUCCGGGUUAGGAGAAACAACGCCGUCUUCGUCCUCCAUCAUGUCAAAAUUCACGAAUACUAUGUUGGGCAACUGCCAGAAUUUCCUCGACAUACUACAGCGUCUGAGAUCCUCAACCAUGGAAUUACGUGAACGCGCAAACUCUGAAUGUUCCUACGGUGACCUCGAGUAUAGCUCAAAUGAAUACUCCUCUUCCCGAUCGCAAUCCCGAAACCACAGCACGUCAGCAUCAAGCCGAAGCAGGGAUGGCCGUAUAUCUGCGGGUGGAGGAGGCCCACCGAAUAUCCUGAACGGCGAUACUAUAGGGCUUUCACCAUCACUAGAUCCCGUAAAGGCCGAUUCCAGUGUUCUGGGCUUUUCCUUCCUGUCAAUUCUUUCCUGCUACACACACAUCCUUCGAGCCUACGAUGCCCUGUUCACUGAGAUUCUUGAGAUACUUACGGAAAGUCCUUGCAUCCAGCUUGACUUAAAAAUUCCCAACCUAAUCCCCGAGGUUUCCCUAGGGGGUUUCCGUAUCAAUGGCUAUGGCGACUUACAGAUCAAAUGCCUUCUCCACAUGAGCUUUAUCAUACUAGAGAAGAUCGAGAGCAUGCUGGGUAUCAAUGCUCCCGCAAAGAAUGAUUAUGGAUCGGAUGGUGGCCUGUUGAACAACAGUCAGCUGAGAGUGCUUCUGGAGGCUUUGUACCAUCAGAAGGAGUUUGAUUAUAUCAAGGCCGACGGGACACGAGCGGCUCGUGCAAAGAAAACCAUGUGUGACGGCAGGCAAAUCAGAUAG